CCGCGGCGGCAGGAACGUAGCGGCCUAGCGCGCGCUGUCCCGGGAACACUUUCCGCGGGCACCAACAUGGCUACGGCCCUUCGUGCUGCGGCCGUCCUCCGCGCCCGGCUGGUGCAGGGCGGCUCCUGGGCCCAGCAGCUGCAGAGAUGCCAGUCGGGUGCUGCGCCCGCCACCAGAGCAGACCCGUGUGCCCGAAGCCCCCAGCCUCAAGCUCACCCAGGGAAGAGGAAGCCCAAGACUGGAAUAUUGAUGCUGAACAUGGGCGGGCCGGAAACCCUUGCCGACGUGCACGACUUCCUCCUCAGGCUCUUCUUGGACCGAGACCUCAUGACGCUUCCUUUCCAAAGUAAGUUGGCCCCGCUCAUUGCCAAACGCCGAACCCCCAAGAUUCAGGAGCAGUACAGCAAGAUUGGUGGUGGCUCUCCCAUCAAGAGGUGGACGUCCACGCAGGGAGAGGGCAUGGUGAAGCUGUUGGAUGAGCUGUCCCCCGCCACAGCCCCGCACAAAUACUAUAUUGGAUUCCGGUAUGUGCACCCGCUCACGGAGGAGGCCAUUGAGGAGAUGGAGCGGGACGGGCUGGAGCGAGCCAUCGCCUUCACCCAGUACCCACAGUACAGCUGUUCCACCACAGGUAGCAGCCUGAACGCCAUUUUCAGGUACUACAGGGAGACGGGACGGCAGCCCGGGAUGAAGUGGAGCACCAUUGACAGGUGGCCCACACACCCCCUUCUCAUCCAGUGCUUUGCAGAAAACAUUCAGAAGGAACUGGAGCAGUUCCCGCCCGAGAAGAGAAGAGACGUGGUCAUCCUCUUCUCCGCUCACUCGCUGCCCCUGUCGGUGGUCAACAGAGGGGACCCCUACCCCCAGGAGGUGGGGGCCACCGUCCAGAGGGUCAUGGACAAGCUAGGUUUCUCCAACCCCUACCGGCUGGUGUGGCAGUCCAAGGUGGGGCCAAUGCCCUGGCUGGGCCCUCAGACGGAGGAGACCAUCCGGGGGCUGUGCAAGAGGGGCCGGAAGAACAUCCUGCUGGUCCCCAUCGCCUUCACCAGCGAUCACAUUGAGACGCUGUACGAGCUGGACAUCGAGUGCUCGCAGGUGCUGGCCCAGGAGUGUGGAGCCGAGAGCAUCCGCCGAGCAGAGUCCCUUAAUGGAAAUCCAUUGUUCUCCAAGGCCCUGGCCGACCUGGUGCACGCACACAUCCGGUCCAACGAGCGCUGCUCCACGCAGCUGACACUCAGCUGCCCGCUCUGCGUGAAUCCUGCCUGCAGGGAGACCAAGUCCUUCUUCAGCAGCCAGCAGCUGUGACCACUCCCGUCCCCCACCCCCCACCCCGGUAUCCAGCGGGGUGCUGGGACUCAGUGGAUAACGCCGGAGGCAGAGGAUGGUAUCAAGGGAGAGAGAUGUGUUUCCUGAAGAGACGCGUGGCCUCCAGGUCUUUUUUAUAUGCCCGAGCCGUGGCCAUUUAGAUUUCUUCUCUCUUGGUACAGCUACUCGUUUGGAAUAUCCACUACACUAUUUAAAAAAAAAAAGACGUUUUUAAAAUUUUAUCUCCUGGGGCCAGAUGGAUAGUACAGCGGGUAGGGCAUUUGCCUUGCACACGGCCGACCCGGGUUUGAUCUCCGGCAUCCCAUAUGGUCUCCCCAGCACCUCCAGGAGUAACUCCUAAGUGCAGAGCCAGGAGUAACCCCUGAGCAUCACUGGGUGUCACCCAAAAAAGCAAAAAAAAAA